CUGGCUCCUCUGCAGAUAGGCCCCCAAUUGUCAUGGUCCCAGCUGUCCUCCAGGCUGCAUCCAGACUGCCCCUGUGUACCAGAGCCUGUUUCCUGACCUUGGGCCACUAUGCCCCUUUCUGCUCACAACCCAUCUUGGGGAGUUAAACCACUGCCUACCAGCAUGAAUACUGUGGAGGCUAAGCAAGGAGCCCUGGGUCAGGCACCCUACUUCUGGCCUGGCACUGGCUGGAGCAAGCAGGCAGCUGCGGGGCAAGCUGCACCCCACCUCAGGGCUAAGCUCAGGGCUUUGUGACUGGCCAAGUGUCAGCUCUUCUGUGCCCUUCCAGGUCCUUGACAGAAUGACAGAGGCUCCUCAUCCCCACCUCAGGCAGAGCUCAUGGCUGCACCUGUGGAUUUGAUGACUUAUUUCUCAGCAAACAUGGGUGAGCUAGGCUCUCUUGGGCAAGAUGCAUGGGGAAGGGUCUCCCAUGGAGCCCUGCUCCCUGGAGGCUACCUCAGAGCCCAUAACGCUGCCCUCCCUCCUCCCAGCCUUGAUCUGGGACUCCUGGCAGAGGGUAGGGAAGUGCUCAUCACCAGGGUCGGCAUCCUUUCCUGCCACACGCAGGCAUGAACUUGAAGGAUGUUGCCUCCAUCCUGCGUAGCUCUGGGAGGAUGCUCGGAGCUCCACCUCCGUACCUGGACUGCCCUGGAACCCAGACUUCCCUGUGAAGGCCCUGUACCCACCUCCCUUGCCUUCAUUUAUGCUAAACGCAGGCUCUGUCACUUCCAGUUUCCACGAAAUGUGGUGGUGGUAGGAGAGCAGCCUGCGGGUCCUGGCUGCACCCAACAGAUGUCAUGGCAUCCCCAGUACCGGAGCUCCAAGUUCCGCCAUGUCUUUGGCAAACCGGCCAGCAAGGAGAACUGCUAUGACUCUGUGCCCAUCACCCGCAGCGUCCACGACAAUCACUUCUGUGCAGUGAACCCCCACUUCAUCGCAGUGGUCACUGAGUGUGCAGGUGGGGGGGCCUUCCUCGUCAUCCCCCUGAACCAGACAGGAAAGUUGGACCCCCACUACCCCAAGGUCUGCGGGCACAGAGGGAACAUCCUAGACAUCAAGUGGAACCCUUUCAAUGACUUCGAGAUCGCCUCCUGCUCUGAAGAUGCCACGAUCAAACUCUGGGACAUCCCCAAGCAGCUGCUGACAAGGAACCUCACAGUCUACAGGAAGGAGCUGGUGGGCCACGCACGCAGGGUGGGCCUAGUAGAAUGGCACCCCACGGCUGCCAACAUCCUCUUCAGCUCCGGCUACGACUACAAGGUGAUGAUCUGGAACCUGGACACCAAGGAGUCUGUCAUCAUGAGCCCCAUGAGAACCAUCUCCUGUCACCAAGACGUGAUCCUGUCCAUGUCUUUCAACACCAAUGGCAGCCUGCUGGCCACUACCUGUAAAGACCGAAAGAUUCGGGUUGUUGAUCCCCGGCUUGGGACAGUCCUGCAGGAAGCCAGCUACAAGGGGCACCGGGCCAGCAAGGUGCUGUUUCUGGGAAACCUGAAGAAGCUCCUAUCCACAGGCACAUCACGCUGGAACAACCGGCAGAUGGCCCUGUGGGACCAGGAUGACCUCUCAGUGCCCCUCACAGAGGAGGACCUGGAUGGCUCCUCCGGCGUCUUGUUUCCCUUCUACGACCCGGACACCAACAUGCUCUACGUGGUUGGAAAGGGGGAUGGCAACAUCCGCUACUACGAGGUGAGCGCCGACAAACCUCACCUGACCUACCUGACUGAGUUCCGCUCCUACAACCCUCAGAAGGGCAUCGGUGCCAUGCCAAAGAGAGGUCUCGACGUGUCCUCCUGCGAGAUCUUCCGCUUCUACAAGCUGAUCACAACGAAAAGCCUCAUCGAGCCCGUAUCCAUGAUUGUGCCCCGGCGGUCGGAAUCCUACCAAGAGGACAUCUACCCACCUACAGCAGGGGCCCAGCCCUCCCUGACGGCCCACGAGUGGCUCAGUGGGAUGAACAAAGAGCCAAUCCUGGUGUCCCUCCGGCCCGGCUCCCAGCUGCUGAGCCCUCGGCCUCUGCCUCCCCAGCGACCCCUCUCCAAUGCUGCAGCCCCAGCUUCACUCCUGCCCGUGGACCCCACACCAAAACUGGCCACAGAGGACAGCCGGAGGCCCAGCCCCCUGUUGGAGGAGAAGGUGCCAAGGUGGGCAGUGGAGCACAGGCUGGAGGAGAAGAAAUCCUGGCUCACAAACGGCUUUGACGUUUUCGAAUGCCCCCCACCAAAGACAGAGAAUGAGCUGCUGCAGAUGUUCUAUCGGCAACAGGAGGAGAUCCGAAGACUCCGGGAGCUGCUGACCCAGCGAGAGGUCGAGGCCAAGCAAUUGGAACUGGAGAUCAAAAACUUGCGGAUGGACUCUGGGCAGUUCUGAGCAAGGCCUCUGCCAUCCCCGCCCUCAGGGACACCACUGGCUUUGUGGGGAGGUCCAGAACCGAGCUUCACAUCCCCCAAAACAACCACUAUUUCUAUAUUUUUUAUCAGAAAACGAAAACUCUCAGUCACUGAAAGAGAUUCCAGUGGGAUAUGGUGCCGUUUUCUAUUUGCCUUCUUGCGACAGCAGUUUCUGCACUGACUCUGUUUUUAGAUAUUUUGCCUUCUGUUGAAUUCUGUCUCUCGGGGUCCACAAUGAGCUAUAACUUCUCGAGAGGAAAGAACACUGUAGGAAGUUCGAGCUGGAAGGAUCUGGGAAGAACACUGCCUAUGAUGUUCAAACCAUGCUCUGCAGAAAGGGAGGACAGCGUAGGCAGGAGCCCACUCCAGCAGACAGCCCCUUCUGUCUGUUUCACCUGUUGGCCUGUUGUGGAAUACAGAAUUCUGCCACUUACCCAAGUUUUUAGAAGUCUGAAGUCUGGCUCAGCUCCCUCAUUUUACAGGUGGGAAACUGAGGCCAGGUAAAGGCAGUGAGGUUUGUUUCGUGGUGCCAGGCUGAGAUCCUGGUCUUCUGGUCUUUCUAUUGCUGCUGGCCUGAUGCAGCUCUCAGCUGCCUAGGCAGGAAUCCCCUGGUUCUGGUCUAUGCGUGACAUACUUGGUGACCAUUUACAAAAUCCUUCUUUUUGGGGUCUCAGCUUGUUCGCUGAACAGGAGGAGCCCUGGAAGGAGCUACCCACACAGGUCUACACCCAGAGACCAGGACCACACACUGGCAAAGAGGCUGAAGCGGGUCACGCUGAAGGAAUGAGUUAAGGUUCCUCGCAACUCUGCAGCACAGACCAGAGGUCAAAACCACCCUUCCUAGCCAGAUGUGAGGAGAUGCUGGCCCCCAUGUGGCGGUGCAGACCUUAGAGCUGAAUCUGGACUGCUGCACAUAGCCUGCCUGCUCCAGGAAGAUGUAGGCGGAUUUCAGCCCAGGUUAACAAAAGCCUGGAUCCUGGCCCAGCCCUGUAGCCACCUGCCAGUGAGGGCUUCUGGGGUGGCAUGAGCACACUGGGGAGAAAGGAGCACCAGAUGGUCCAUCCACAAGUUCCCUUCUGGCCUGGAAGUGCUUCUGUGUCCCUCCUUUCUUGCUUCUGCUUUGUUUUGUUUUUCUGGUACUGGGGAUCCUCCCCAUGGCCUUCAAACUGAGCUACAUC